AUGGACUUGGAUGGGAACGAUUAUGCCGUGCAACGCGAUCGCAAGGGUGAACCGAGGCUGGAAGCGACGAGCGUUGUUCGAAAAAUUCGCUACAAAGAGAACGAGGAGGAUACCGCCUCGAGGAAGUCGAACUGCUCGCUGGAAAGCGCUGGCUCGCGCGAUUUCGCCGAGAAUCGAAUGGAUCGCGAGUAUCAAACGAGCGGCCAGCAAAGUGGAAAUUACGCGGAGAUGUGCGAACACGAAAGGGGUGGAGGGAACGUUAGCGACGUGAACCUGGUGAAAUUCGACGACGAAAAUGCUUGGCAACGCAAGGAUUGCGAUCCGUGGUACGUCGGCCACGGAUCCGAGAAAGACGCACCGGCGUUCGAUGCGGAUGAGGGCUCCGCUUACGGGGGUUGCAGGAACGGAAUCAACAUCAGCGUGGUUUCCCAACGGGAGAUAUGCGAGAAGAAAAUCGAGGUCGAACCGAAGUAUAACGUUUCGUUCAAGAGCUGCUACGACAGACUGAAGCAAGAAGAUCCCUGUGGGAGCUCGACGAAUUUUCGCUGCACGUUCGAGAACUGUUGCGGGAAUUGCGAGUCCUUCAUCAUGGAGAUCCCACAGUCUGACUACGACGAUGCUUGCCAAAACUGGCAGAACAUGAAUUUCGAGCCGGAGAACGCUUGCUUCGACGAUUGCUGUUGCUCCCAAAAAAUGAAGGUGUACUCCUCGAACGUGAGCAUAUCUCCGACCACACGCACGGAAAAUCCGUGCGCGACGUGCGUGGAAAAGGAAAAGCGUUGCCCACUCGAAGAUCCAAAAUAUCUCAGCAAUUGUCGCACGUCCAGCAAGCAGUGCUUGCAACGAGUGCACUUCACGAAGCCUCGUCAUUCCGCGUGCUCGUUCUGCUCGAGGAAAUGCACACCGUCCAAGGCCAGUUUAUUCGUCGAGAUCGGCGAGAGCGUGGCAGAUGUCUGCGGUCUGAGAUUGGGCCAGAUCUUUCAGGUGUGUCAGGAGUCGACGGAAUCGCUCGAGGACUGUCCAAAGCGAAGAGAGCGAUCUGCUGCGAGGAGAAAUAAAUCGGACUCGUUGAGAAGCCGCAGUAAAUCGAAGAAGCAUGGCGACACUGUUAAAAAAUGCAGCCUCAAUUGCAAGACUCGACCGGGAGCCAUGGGACGCAGUUUCUCCGAUCGAAUCGAUUCCAUGGAGAAAUGUUUCGACCAGGACGCGAUCGAUCAACGAACCCUGGCAGCGAUGGGACUUUGCAAUCCAAGAACGAAGCAUGCGAGGUCCACUGUAAGCUUUCAGGAUCAGCGCGAGUGCAGAGCACAGACGGAUAGUUGCGUCUUCGUCGGUAAGAAAUCAUCAUGUUGCGACGAGCAAUGUGAAACGUGUGACAGAUCCCUAUGGGAAGAUAUUCGGAGAGGGAAAUUAUGGUUGCAACUGCAAGACACGUGUAAAAAUUUUGUAAAAGUGGCGACGACCAACAUUGGCCAAAUAAUGAAGCAGACCUCCAAAAUAAAACGCUCGAAGAAGUCUGCAAAGGAUCCUCGCGCGUUUCAAACUUGCGCAACAAAAUGUGACCGAAGCGAUCCUUGCGCGGACCAAACCAAUCCGCCAGAAUGUUUACACGAAACAAUAUGUUGCGAAGAAAUAUUGUCAGACAAACCGAAGAAUUAUGACGUACGCUGUUGUCAAAAUAUUUGUUGCUCGGCUAAUGAUAUCUCAAAUGUCGCUGAAUUACCCGACUGCCAAAAAUAUGAUCGCUGCAACUACCGCAACACUCGAGAACAGACCGUAUUAAAUAAGGGUUGGCAUUCCGGUCCUCGCGACGAGGACGUUCAACGAAACGUAUAUCCACCGAACGGAGAACCCAUUACGGAUUCGCAGCGUCCCGAGUACGGUGAAACUCGCAAAAGGGGCGGCAGCGAUGGGAACGCUGGCCAAAGGAGGAAAUCCUCGAACUCUAACAGAAUCUCGAAUUCAACUGCGAGGAGACAGUCGGACGCGUCCCAUAAUCGCGGGAGUAGCAGCUCCAGGAACCAAGAAAGGCCGAGACAGGUCGUCCAAGAAGACAAUAGCUCGAUUGAUCAGCAGGACGCGUCCAUGAUCGUUCAUCCCGACCAGUCGGGACGCACGGUGACGUUCAUGGACGUUCAAGUUCAAGCAGAUACUAUAAUCAUGGAAACGGAGCCAACGAAUUCUCCUUAUAGCACGAGGAGUGUACAAUUUCAGAAGAGGAUAAGAGCCAUGAGACAAGUGAAUACGAUUUCAGCGGAUAGUCCCGAAAUUGCGGGUCAGAGAAGGCCAGCGAUAGGGGCAUCAAAGACGUCGAAGAAGCAACCUGCUCUUCCACAGAGGAAGUCCUCUGUGCAACAUGGGUUCGCAACUUCCACGCCGAUUAGGCGAGAGAACGUUCCAAAAGACAAGACAGCUGUGUCAUUGUUGCCCUUGACCGACACCGGAGUUCAAUGCGAGCUUAUCAAGUCGCAUAGAGUGAUAUGUAGCGAUAGAGAGGCUGAAGAAACCUUCGGCGAAGACGCGGAGUCUUGUAUCUGCCCACCGCAAAAAGCAACGAUUCCUUCAACAGCUGCGGAGACGCCGCAAGUUGCACAGGAAGUGACUAAUGGGGCAGCAGCACCUGCUGACGCUGGAACAACAGAGGGUCCGAUAAUUACGCCUACAUUAAGCGGAGAUGCUGAUGUAAAUGAGGAUGAGGCCGUGGCAGAUACGUCUGUAGAACAGACUGUGGAAGACGUUGAAGAUGCGAGUGCUGCUAAGGAGCAAGAUAAGGUCGAGGAGACACUUGUAGAGGAUGUUGCGGAGAUAGGUGGUCCUUCUGCAGUCGAAGAACCUACUGGUAUUUCGGAGGAUGUGCCUGCUGAUAAACCCGCAGAGAGUGGACAGGAGGCGCCAGUUCCUGAGAAAAACGUCGAGCUUGAUCAUACUGGCGAUGACGCGUUGACGAAGACUGAUACUGCAGAGGCAGCUCCUGAAGUGGCGUAUCUUGAGUUAGAGAAGACUGAGACUGAUGCAGUGGAUGCAGUUCCGGAAGUGAUUGAUGCCACGGUGGAGGAAUCACAGACAGUUUCGGAAGAGGAGAGAGCCAGGGCUGACCCGUUAGCUCCGUCAGCGAUUGAACCCACACCGGAGAAGGCUCAGACGGUAGAUGUAACGCCAAGAGAAGUUGAUCCUAUCGUAGACAAGUCCGUGGAAAAAUCUGACACGUCAGAAGGGAUAACUACUUUGACGCCUGCUGCUGAUAUGGCUGCAGCAGGUCUGCAGAGCGUAGAUUUGUCGAUGGAGCCGUUCGAAUACUCGCAGGAGUUCGAAGGCAGGCGUAACUACGUGAGCGUGGAGAUGCAGACGUCGAGCACGAUUCUAACGAAGAUCCUAUCCGAGUACCAAGUCGGGAACAAAAAGAGACGUAUACUGAUGAGCAUAAAAUUGCAAACGACCUUAGACGGUGACAACGGGCACGAGCAUCCAGCGAAAUCGAACGGCGCAGAAGUACGGAGAACAGCUUACAUCUUGCUUCCGUCGUAACCAAUCAACGGACGAGUACUGCUGAAUAUUCAUCCAGAACAUGGUUACACCGGAGGCAGGAAUGGAAAUUAAUGGUCAGGCAGAGCGGAACGAUGAAAUUGAAUAUUCUAUACAGGCCGCGAAUGGAACGAGACGGAACUUGACGCGUGACGAUUUGCCGCACAAUAAUCAUAAACGAAGAAAACGGCCGACAAACGGUAGAACGACGCGUCCGAGACCGAGAGUGUCGAAAGAUUUGAUGGGCAACGGUGUGUGCGCCAACGACGAGAACGUGGCCAACUGCUCCACGGAUACGAGUGAUCAACAAAUUCGUAUGUCAAAGUUUUUUUUUUUUUUUUUUUUUUUUUUUAGCAGAAUAUUAUAAUAUUGGGUUGUUCAGAACGAUCUGAAAUUUCGUUUGUUCCAAGUCAAUGAUUUCCAGUGUUUACGAUCUAGGCACUUCCUACUUCCUUUAUAAUCUCACCCUCUCCCCCUUUUAUAUACCACUACAAUUUUGAUUUAUACAAUAACACUUGAAUUUUUAUAUAUCAUGCAUUCGUUCUGCAAUUUCGUUCAUUUCAAGUCAACAAUUUCCAAUGUUUUCAAUCUAGAUACUUCCUACUUACCUGCUUCUUUGAUAACCUUUCCAUUAUAUAUUUUGUGAAUGAAGAAAAUAAUCAACGAAUUUGUACGUUCCCAUAAUGAGAUCACAUUAUAGUAAUACUAAUAGGUUGCAAUCUCUUUUUUUUUUUAGCUGGGACCUGUGCUGGACCUUGCGGUCGGAAGAAGCGUGAAUGAAAAGAAGCUGACAAUGUAAACAAUGGUAAGAAAUCGAAUCAAUUAAUCAGCUACUCGUUUCAAACUAAAUUCGUAAGGGGAUCCAUUUAAGACCAGUGACUUAAAUAACUCAUUUACUUUUAG